AUGUUGGCCGGCGUACAUAAUUCAGAUCUGAAGCAUGAGUACGUGUCAUCUAUCCCGCUGGAAUCACCAUAUGAUAGGCAGAUCAUGAAAGAUCUCUCGCGCACCUUCCCCGAACACGAACUCUUUAAGAACGACGCUGUUGGUCAGAAGACACUGUUCCGCUUGAUGAAGGCUUACGCGCUGCACGACGUCGAGAAUGGUUACUGCCAAGGAAUGGCAUUCGUAGCGGGAAUUUUACUUAUGCAAAUGCCCGAAGAGGACGCGUUCUCGGUAUUGGUAACACUCAUGGAUACUUAUGGGCUCCGAGGGCUGUUCAUGCCAGGAGUACCGCUGGUGGGUCUUGGGAGUCACCAGUUUGAGCGCUUACUGGAGCAGCACUUGCCCGAUGUCGCAACGUGUUGUAAACGAGAAGGUGUAAAUGUGUCGAUGUUUUUGACCCAAUGGCUGAUGACAUUAUUUGCCCCGAGUCUCCCGCUUCCAUGUGUAUUCCAUAUAAUGGACUAUAUAUUAGCUGUUGGACAAUCGCCGGACCUAUACCACGGAUUUCUAGAGUUGUUCUUCAGGGUUGCGCUCACACUGCUGAGAGAUAGUGCUGAUGAGAUUGUGGCUCUCACGUUUGAUGGUAUCCUGAUGCACUUGAAGGGUGAGAUGAAGGGCCGUUACCGCUGGGUAAACACGGACGCCACAAGUGAUUUCAACUCACCUAACGCCGUGAGUCAAACACUGGUGAAUUCGGCAAUUGGGUGGGAUCUAUCACUUUCCACUCUGAACACAUGGGAAAAACAGUAUCAGUCAGAAAAAGAUCUGAGAGAAUCAAAACAGGCAUUGAUUGACGAGACAAUGGAUAAGAGACGCAUACUGCAACAGAAAGGUGACCAACUGGAUGAUAGUAUCAAAACCCUGCAGGCUAGGAUAGAACAAGAUGCAUCUGGUUUCCGCGAAAAGGUGGAGAAGCUUGAGACACAAGCCGAAGAAUACGAACAACGGCUAGACCGGCUGCGCGUGCACAAUGUGGUGCUCAAUGACUUAGUACGGAUACACGCCGAGGGAUGAUGAGG